CCUCGUGCAGCCUCAGCGCCAGUCGGUGCAGCGGGAGCGGGACUGAGAGCUAGGUGGCCGCACCGACCCAUUUCUCUCUCCCCUCCGCGGCUGUGCCAGACGCACGUGGGCUCCGUCCUGCGCGCCCGGGGACCUUCAGCAGCCGCAGGCGAGCGCAGCGCACUCUGAGCCGGCCGUGGAGCAGCGCGCAGCCCGCUCCAGACUCUCGGGACAUUUGGGAGGUGAAAUCUCCGCGAGUCGGAGCGCGUUUCAGCCGGAAAAGCUGCAGAAAACACUCCUAUCGUGUCGCCCCCUCCCUUCUUUCUUUUUAUUUCCUGUCAGCUUUUUGAUUUCCUGCUGCCGAACCAGGAACCCGGACUGAGCUCCAGCUCCGAGGAUGAGAGAAAACUAGAGCUGGUGGCGGCUUUCCUGCUGGUUUUCCUGGAUUUAUUCGGCUGUUGGAGGAAAAGGCAACCUGGGAGCGGAGCGCACAGAACCCUCCAGCUCUCUACUCCUCUUCCUCCCUCCGUCUCUCCAUCCAUCCAUUCAUCAGUUUCUCGUCCUCUCCUCCAUCCGUCUCCGUGUCUCAGCGUGUGUGUCCAUGUUUGUAGGUCCGUGUGAUUUUGCUAAAAUGCAUCAUCAACAACGGAUGGCAGCUUUGGGAACAGACAAGGAGCUGAGCGACCUGCUGGAUUUCAGCGCGAUGCCAAACAGCGAUUUGAAAAUGUUCCCAACAUCCAUGAUGUUUUCCCCUCCUGUUAGCAGUGGAAAGAACGGACCGACCUCCCUGGGGAGCGGACAUUUCUCCGGCUCAAGUAUGGACGAGAGAACGAGCACGGCAUCGUGGGCCAGCGGGAGCCGAUCUUCCAAGAGCUACGCUGACGGGUCUCAGUACAUGGCGUCACACGACAGCCUCUCACCUCCGUACGCUAACUCCAGGCUAACAGGUAAAUCGGAGCGGAGUUCGUACUCAUACGGCAGAGAAUCCAACCCACACUGUCACCAGUCGGUACUGGGAGGCGAGUUGGGUUUGGGGAGUCCCGGCGCGGCGUCGCCCACCAAACCGGCAGGUCAGUACUACCAGCACUACGGGUCCAAUCCUCGGAGGAGAGCGCUGCAUAUGGACGCCAUCGACAUCCACACAAAAAAAGUGCGGAAAGUCCCUCCCGGCUUGCCGUCCUCAGUGUACGCUCCUUCCGCCAGCACAGCCGACUACAACAGGGACUCACCGGGUUAUCCCUCCUCCAAACCCCCCAGCGCUGGCUUCCCCAGCUCCUUCUUCAUGCCAGAUGGUCACCACAGCGGCGACCCCUGGAGCAGCAGCAGCAGCAGCAUGAGUCAGCAGGGUUACCAUAGCAGCAUGCUGGGGGGUGGGAACUCGGCUCACGGCCCCGCCCAAAGCUCCUCCUACUGCGGGAUUCACCCACACGAUCGGCUGAGCUAUCCCUCACACUCGUCCGCAGACAUCAGCUCCAGCCUUCCUCCCAUGUCCAGCUUCCACAGAGGGGCAGGUGGUGGGGGCGGGGGCAAUCAUUACAGCACCGCCUCCUGUACCGCCUCCACCAACGGGACAGACAGCGUCAUGGCUAACCGAGCACAGAGCGGAGCAGCCAGCAGCUCUCAGACGGGAGACGCCUUAGGGAAGGCGCUCGCAUCGAUCUAUUCUCCAGAUCACACAAACAACAGCUUCUCCUCUAACCCCUCCACCCCAGUCGGCUCUCCGCCCUCCCUCACAGCUGCCAGUUCAGCCGUCUGGUCCAGGAACGGAGGACAGGGAGCGUCGUCGCCAAACUACGAGGCUCCGCUGCACUCUCUGCAGAGUCGUAUCGAGGACCGUCUGGAGCGUCUGGAUGAUGCCAUCCACGUCCUGCGGAGCCACGCCGUGGGACCAUCGACGGGUAUGGCGAGCAGCCAUGGCGACAUGCACAGCCUCAUUGGAGCCGCGCACACGCACAACGGCGCCAUGGGCGCUCUGGGCAGCGGUUACGGGUCGGGACUGCUGUCGGCCAACAGACAUUCGCUCAUGGUCGGCGCUCACAGAGAAGAUGGCGGCAGCAGUUUACGUGGAGGUCACUCCAUGGCGGGUCAGGUGUCAGUUCCUCAGCUACCUGUCCAGUCGGCCACCUCGCCGGACCUCAGCCAGGCCGACCCGUACCGCGCUCUGUCUGGAGGCCUUCAGGGCCAGAGCACCUCCUCCGUCAGCUCUGAGAUCAAGUCUGAAGACGAAGGAGACGAGAACCUCCUGCAGGACACGAAGCCUCUGGACACCAAGAAGGAGGACCUGGACAGCAAGGAGCUGAAAGCUAUAGAGAGUAACAACGACGAUGAAGACCUGAGUCCAGAGCAGAAGAUGGAGCGGGAACGGGAGCGAAGGAUGGCCAACAAUGCACGGGAACGCCUGCGCGUUCGCGACAUCAACGAGGCGUUCAAAGAACUGGGCAGGAUGGUCCAGCUGCACCUAAAGAGCGACAAACCUCAGACCAAGUUACUGAUCCUGCACCAGGCCGUCGCCGUCAUCCUCAGCCUGGAGCAGCAAGUCAGAGAGCGAAACCUGAACCCCAAGGCGGCCUGCCUGAAGCGCCGUGAGGAGGAGAAGGUCACCGUGACGUCGGACGGGACCCCGCUGUCGCUGGCUGCCGCCCACCACGCUGCUGCUGCCGCCAUGGGUGACGGACCCAACCCAAUGGGACAAAUGUAAAACGCAGCACCAUCUCCUCCCCCCUGAAUGGUCCAAGGUGCCGGAGUUCAUCAAGAUGAUGAGCGACCACUUCCUCUGAUGGCGUUUCCAUGACAACCUGGCAAUCAAUCAACCCCGCGACGCUUCAAUCCAAGCACGUAGUUCCCCUGGAGUAUCAGCCCGACCGGUCAGAACCAUUUAUCGUCUCCUCCUCUUCGCCAUCGCCGCCGCCUCCUCUUCCUCCUGUGGGGAAAACAAACUGCUGAGUCGCUUUGGGCCCGCCUCCAGCCGAAGCGAGCGGGAUGCGUCUACGUAGACGCAGUCGAGCAGCACCGAUCUUCACUCACAACGGACAGAACUUCUCCCCCUCCGUGUUUUAUCUGCAACAUUCCCAGUUUUAAAGAACUGUUCUAUACAAAUAUAUAUAUGGUGAAUAUAUAUAUAUAUGGACAAGGACGAGACUCGUGUUUACGGAGCUGAACUUGACGCGGGCAGCGAGGAAGGUUGGGGUUGGGGAGGGAUGUUCAGAACAAAACAUAUCAAAGGGAUUCCUUUUGCUUGGCGCGUCUCUAACGCCACACUGUGGAUGAAGCGGUGCCUGAUCCCAUCUAGGACGCACGGUCAGGUCCAAGCACGCACAGCAACCGAGCCAAUGGAACUCGGUCGCACACUCGGACCCACAAACCACCACCAAGUCCAACACGAACCCAGCAGCAGAGCGUUCUGUUAGCUAGUAGAGCCUCUUUAGAUGUGAAACCACCGGGAGGAUCAGCAGGCAGGUUCUCCAGAGGUGGUGACUAACCAGACACGAGAUGAAAAUACAGAAAAUUUAACACUUUCCUUCAGUUUUGUUUGAACCUGUUGAGAAUUUUUUCACCACAGGAAGAGAUUCGAGUCCCGUUUUGGUCCAAUAAAGUAAACUAAACUGAUCCGCGUGUAGCUUACAGCUGGCCUGAUCCCAACAGAACCCAGGUUUAGCACAUUUCUUCAGUCAUGCUACUUGAUUCAAGUUCUCCUGAAGCCCAGAAGGUUCUAAACAACUCGAGACCUGGAGGAAGAAGGGAUUGAAAAGGGAAAACUAAGGGGUGAAGAAGGCACUGGAGAGGAAGCAAGGGAACAAUCAUCUAGGUGAGGGCUGUAGGUUAUCCUAGCAUUCCAGAGUCUGACUUUAGUGACCCCUCAUGUCCCGGUCUGAUAUCCGUCUGAUCCUGACCUGAAACUCCUGGUGGAGGGGAGCUUUGGAUUGACGCCAAAGGCUUGAACUUUGCUGUCUGGUCUAGAAUUAGAGUCAGGAAUAGUUUUAGCGUUGCUCUGAGGAGGUUCCUGUAGAGAAAUCGGUCUUUUUGUUUAAUUGGACCAAAGAAAACAAAGCACCUGGUCAGUUUCCUGGUGUUACUCCUGCCCCUGGUGUCCCAAUGGCUCUUAAUGCUAGGGAUCGGGUAGCAUAACCCCCAGCUAAACGGUACACUAAAGGAUUUGAAUUUCCCUCUGGGAUUAAUGAAGUAUUUUUGAAUUUGAAUUGAUUUGAUUCUGUUUCUGUGAGAAGAAAUUUGGGGUGAAGAUGACUGGAUGUUCAUAAGUAAUGAACCAAAUGGGAUGUUUGGUUUCUGAAUGUUCUCGGUCAUCCAGGAUGAUGAAUGAUCCUGUUAAUGUUUGGAAAACAACAACUUUUUAACUAUUUUAAAAGGUUUUACGUCUGAACUGAAAAAAGCUAAGUACCGAGCUGUAAGCUCUACUAGGAUAUUCACCAACGUAAAGCUUGGUUUAUGCUUGACGCAUUUACUUUCCGCUUGGUGAUGCGGCUCGUGGAUGGAACGCGCUUCACAACUUGCAGCGUUUAUGGUUCAUGCGGCUCGUCUCUGCGGUGAGCCAAUAUUCUCCCAAACUGUAGGGGGCAGCAUGGAGCUCUACGGCAUGCAUCCAACACUACACCAUAGUAGAAGUAAAAUUUACUGUUGUUUACAACAUGGCAUUCCAGCAUUUUUAACAGCGUCCUCAUCUUUUCCGACAGUGCGAGUUAUUUCUCUCCAAGAAUUAUUAACAACAUGUUGAUCACGGUGAUCUCUGAGAGCUGAAUCAUACAAAUGUCUGUAUUUACGAACCUCUGCCAUACUAGAUCUUGCCAGUCCGCCAUGUUUUUCCACGUCCGACCGUCUGCGUGGUUAGAAAAUUUCCUAGGUGCACGGUGCGGACAUUUUGGGCUGUGCGGAGGCGCGGUGGAGGGGCGUGGUUGUUAAAAUGACGCAGUUUCGCCGCUCGGACCUCGCGUCAAGCGUAAACCAAGCUUAAGCCAGUUUCCUGCUGCUGGGGGAGGGGCCAUCUGAGGUUUGACCUGCUAAUUAGCUGGUGGAGGUUCUCAGUCAUCCAGGUCAUGGUAAUCCAAGAGUUCAAAUGAAGGCAACGACUUCUUUGGUUUCUUGAAGCCUGGCAAACCAUCCUAUAUUUGUGAAUAUAAAGUCUGGCCACAACCCAAUGACAGCUCUCAGCCAAGCGGAGUCUUUCUAACUGUCUCUGCAUGCUAUUGGACGACAAACAAGGCGAUGUACUCACCCCUACACAUGUCAGUCAACAGGGCAGUCCACCAUACACUGCUGAAGAAGACCAACAUCCUUUUUAAGGAUCUCUGUCUGCUCUUGACUCAAAGAAAAGCCCAAGUCUGAAUGGCCCAAACUUGAUGCCAAAGUUGUUUCAAAUGAGCUCCUGCCAUCUUUGUUUCACUCAGUCGCCGUAACAUCCCGCCCACCAAACUGGUAGAGCACUGUGAUUGGCCUGCCAAACACCAAUCCGGAGCUGCAGAGUUCCCAAUGGAGCGUGGCUAGACUGACAUGCAGAUUAAUUUUGCUUCGGCACCCGAUGGUCUAGAUUUCUGGGCUAAAAUCUUUAAGAGGGUAAAGAAGUUCAGUUCCCCUUUGUUAUAAUCUGACUGGAAUUAAGGUUUUGGGUGGUUGGUCCCAGCUUCUCCAACGGUGCUCAAUACCUGUGUCCCACUGAUGGCUUUAGGUUCAACCUGUCAUAUCCAGCAGCAGGACGUCAUUGACCUAAAACCUCUGGUGGUGGUCCUUGUUGUCGGUUCAGCACUAAUAAAAUCUAAUCAACACGUCUCCAGGGUCUUUCAUUAGGGUUCUGUCGACAGUUGGGUGACAAAAAAGAUUAACCCAGGUUUAAAGUUGAGUAAGAAUGAAAACGAGGAACAAAUGGAGGAGAUGGUCGGGACAGUCGAGAUCAUCCGAUCGAACAGUUCCUGUUUCCUGGUGUCAGUCUGAAAGCCCCCUCUCACCUCCAAAACUGGAUCCAUGAAACUACGGAUACUAGCCUUAUGAGCCCCAAACCAGAGCCAGACCCCCUUGUCCAGCAUCGUACCACCCCACCCCCACCCCGCCACUCCACCCACAGAUGCAAUUUGAAUUCACUCUUCUACCAAUGUGCCUUUUUAGAGUUCAUAUCAUUCGAGUUGCCAGAGGAGGACUUUUACCUGGUCUUUUAAUAGGAUGCAAGCUUAGGGACACCAGUUCUUAGCGGUUAGGUUCUAUGCAGUCAGGUUUUUUACCAGACCUCGGAAUUUAAAAAAAGCUAAAAUGGAAAAAAAAAAAGUAUUUUUGGGAUAACAAAAGUAAACUGUAUUUAAUGUACUGUACGCUUAAAUGUAAGUAGACAGCGUGUUCUGGCUCCAAGCCAAUGGGAUAGACGCUUGACUUGGCAAGACUAGCCCCCAUCCAGUCCGCCCCCCCAUCCCAGUCCUCCAGAACCGGAAUCCCACUUUCCUGUUCCAAGCCUCAACCUUGUUUCCGCUGGGUGGACAACGCGUCUCUUCUUGUAUUAUAGCUUAUCAGCUUUUUAUCAAUAUUUGAUCGGCUUGUCCGUGAGCCAACGUAGUCUUCAGUACUAAGUGUGUGGUCGUUUGUUGUAAAACUGAUUUCUUUUCCUCUUUCUGCUCCUUCUUUUUUUAAAGAACAAUCUUUUCUCUUAUUACUUUUUUGUCUGUUCUGGUUUACAUGUCAGAUACAGAAAAUUAUAAAAAUAAAAAGAACAAAACAGAAAAACAAACAACAAAAUUCACUCCAACAGCAUUGUUCUCCGUCGGUUGAUGUGGUUUCAAUCCCAGCCAUCCAGCAGGAAAGCAACGAAAACUGGAAAAGAGUCUAUUUGAGCAAAUCGAUCUAUAUAUAAAUGUACAAAAAUAUAUACAGUAUAUGACGAGGGUGCCGUUUCUGUUCUUUUUUAUUGUUAUUACCACAAAAGCAUUUGCUCGGGAAGGAAGACCGAACUCGCAGAAAUUGGCGAAGGCCCCUCAGUGUUAAAAAUUUUCAACUGACUGCAUUAUAUUCGCUGUUGUUGCCAUGACGACCCCUCACGACCAGUAUGGCACCCUGCACGGGACACACCGGGACAGGAGCGACCAGUCCACGGCAACAACACACAGACGUUUGUAAAUUGUAUGCAACAAAAUGGCAAACUUUACCAUUAUUUUGAAAUUGUGUAUGUAAAAGUUAUAUUUUUACACGUAGACUGUUGUUAUUUUGUGUUUUAGAAAUCUGAUGUAUUUGUUUUUGCUUUUGUGUUUUUCUUUUGUUAAAAGAUGAAAAAGAAAACUUCAGCGUGUUAAAAAAAAUGUGUCGCAUUGAAAACGUUGUGAAACCAGAAGUUCAAAAACCUUUUUUUCGGUUUGUUUUCUAUGUUUCUAUAUGUGGGAGACAUUUUGAGGGUUUGAGGGAGGAAUCGGACAUAAAAGUACAUUCUUUAACUCUUCAUGCCUCGUAACAUUACCUUUUGUUGGGUUUUUGCAGAGAUGUGUGUAAAUAGCCAUCAGCCAUGUUGUGUGGUGUGAAGAUUAGCCGGUGAGACUCGAUGAAGAACACGUUUUGUUUUUUUAGUGAGGUCGUAUUCGUCCGGCUUCGGUAGCCAGGUGCCAGCUUUUCGUAUUGAUGGGUGGUGCUCAGUGGUGUCUGUUGUUUUAGUUGCUGAUCAUCUGAAGUGGGACUCAGACCGUUGUCUUGGCGCGUGCUAAGUUACUAUCGGCACCGACGUGAGCUAAUUUUUGCGCCGAUUUUUGCCAAAAAAGAAACCUUUUUAGAUCAUUAGAAAACUUUGCUGUGUAAAAGUUUGUGGUAUCAACUUGUUUUCAAACAAAAUUUUAGGUAAAUUGUGAUGAAUUUUUAAGCGCAGAAUCCAAAGAGCGUAAUUGAGUCUGGUGCCCCCUGGUGGCCGUGGGUCGGCACUGACUCCUAGGAUUUGUCUUUUUUUAACGGGGUUUAAAUGUUGAAUGAGUGAAAACCCGCAGCACCUGAUUGGAGGUUAUUCUAUGAGAACAGAUUGGAGCUUUGCUAAUUUAAAGGAACAAGAACAAUCUUCAGCUAUUUCCCCAAAAAUCAAUCGGACGGCGUGCGCGGACGUUUCAGUCAGGUUUGGGUUUUUGGGUGUUUUAAGUGUUUGGCGUUACAACGAGCUUUUCAUACAGAGCUGCUCUGACUUGGACCUAGGUCAAACACUACCACUGAAUCUGUCCCAGUAAGUGCUAAAAAGAUUUUUAUUUUUAACGUUUCAUUCCAUAUUUUUGUUGCGUAAUCAAAGUUGUCUCCCAGACGACAGGAUCCCCAUCUUUCUGUUUCCCCGGUGUUUUUUAACUAAAAUGUUAACUGCUUUCCUUUCUCCUCCUUGUUGUACAUAAACACCUCAUUUAUUUCUCAGUGACUGUGCCAUGAGCUUUGUAAUCUGUUAAUCUGUACCAGUUUAACUGCAAUAAUGAGUUGAAUUCAAAAUGGCCGCUCCUGUUUUGUUUUGUUUUGGUGUUUUUUCUUUGCGUUAGUUUUCUUCUUACUUAAAAGAGAAUUCAGGUGCACCGACCGACACGAGCAGCACAACAAAUCAGAAAUUCUACGUGUUUUUUUUUCUCUCUCAAAAACAAUAAAGAAAAUGUUCGGAUAGCGACUUUAUUUCAUUCACUGCCUGACUUGUUUUUUAUGUCAUCUGUUUUUAUAACUUCCUGUUGAUGAUUAUUAUUAUUCAGAAGGCAGUGACAAAUCAGUCCAACUAGCUUAUCCUCAAGUUCUGUUGUUCAGGUUACGCUAAUAUUUGAACAAAAUGUCCCUGUAAUAAAAUAAAAUGUAACUUUGA